CAUUCGGCGACUUCGUCCGGAUGACGUCAGCAAUGCGGAAGAGGCGCUGCUGGAGCGAUGAAGACUGAGAACCCUCUGCUGAGGGGCCCGGAUCUGAUGCGGGGCCCCUCCCUGGCCAACCGGCAUCUCUCGGGUCCACCCCUGCAGCCGCUGACCGCCCGGAACCCGGCCGUCUCCGCUGACCACCUCCUGUCCUGCCGCAUCCAGUUGGGGAACCGCCUCCUCGACGGCCGGACACGGACAACCGGGCCUCCCACUGCCCCCUCCGUACCCCUCUGCUUUAGCCGCUCCCUCUGCCCCUGGCUGCCCUCCGCGCUGGGCCCCUCGACCUCGGGUCCCACAGGGGACAGGGCAAGGCAGAGGGAAGAGAAGACCCCACCGGGUGCGGAGACUCAGUUGGAACAACAGGAUGGCGAGUGGCAAUGGGACCCCGUGGAGUCGUCUCUGCACAUGCCCAGCUAUGACCUGUCUGCGCAAGGUUAUGAGGAUCUGGCAGAAGUGCAGAAUGCCUCAGAGGCCGAGGAGCUCGGUGAUGUUCUGGGACACUCGGCAGACCAGGAUGCCAGACUGCGAGAGAAGAAGAUCUCUUUGCUAAAUGCUGUCUGCUGCUCCCUGCUGGCGGGGCCCAAAUUCGCCAACCCGCGAGAUGAGACCCGCUGCUUCCUCCUCAGCCUGUGCCGCGAGGUGGCGGAGGAAGACCCGGAGUUUAUCCUGAAGGUCGCUCUGUACACCAGGCAGGAGCUGAACAUCCGAAGCACGGCCAACUUCCUGCUGGCAGUGGCGGCCCUGCUCCCCGCCACGAGGCCCCACCUGCGGCGAUACUUUGCCCGGACUGUGCGCCUGCCCUCUGACUGGAUCGAGGUGGUGAAGACCUUCCAGAGCCUGGCGGAGUCUGGCAGCAAGUGGCCGCCCUUCCCGUCCUGCCUGCGACAGAGUCUGAGCGACGCCUUCCUCUCCUUUGACGAGUACCAGCUGGCCAAGUACAACUCCAGGCGGCAGCGCGGCAAGACCCGAAAAGGGGCGAGGGGCAAAUGUGUUCCAAACCGGGAUGUUGCGAAGACCAUGCCGUUCACUCUGAAGAAGCUUGUCCAAUGGCUGCAUCUGAAGGAGCCAGCCAAUCAAAUCAUGUGUCUGUUGGGUCGAAGGUACCCUUCGGAUCUGCAGUCAUUCUCUCGCAGCCGUCUGCCUGGGCCCUGGGAUUCCCAGAGAGCCGGGAAGAGGAUGAAGCUGCCAGUUCCGGAGACGUGGGAGAGGGAGCUUUCGCUGCACGGCAACACGGCCAAAGUCUGGGAGCGGCUGAUAGAUAACCAGAAGCUGCCCUUCAUGGCCACCCUCCGUAACCUGCGGAAUAUCAUCACCUGCGGACUGAGUCCACGUCACCACCGGCUGAUCCUCUCCAGGCUCUCGGACAAGAAAACCGUCAUCCACAGCCGCCAGUUCCCCUUCCGGUUCCUUGCUGCCUUCCGCGUCCUCGCUGAGCUGGAUGAGCGGCUGAAACACAAGGACGACCCCCUGCCGUCCAGGCAGGAGAUGAUACAGCAGGUCAUGGCCUCUAUCCGCCAGCGGCAGUGUCGGUUCCAGGGGUUCAGGGUCCGUUCCCGUCCGUCCCAGGCUGCAGCCCGUGCCUUCACGUCGCUCUCCACCCAAGUGACCAGGAAACUCAAGAAGUUGCAGGAACGCAAGAAUGUUCGGUAUGACCGGAGCCUCCUGGAUCAGUACAGGAACGCCCUGGAGAAUGCCAUCGAGAUCUCAGCCACACACAACAUUCCCCCUCUCUCAGGCCGCACCGUCGUCCUGUGUCCUGUCGGUCUGCUGACGGAGCAGCCCUGGCAGGGGACAUGGGACGACUUCUUUCCCGGGACCCAGAGCAAGACCCAGCUUAGGGCCCCCAAGCUUCAGGAGACCGCUGUGCUGCUGGGACUGAUGGCCAAGCACGUCAGCGAGCAUUGCCGCCUGGUCCUGUGCACCAGCCGUUCCCACCGGGAAGUGAAAGCUCUCUGCGGAUCGAUCCUCUCCGGUGUGACCCAGGUCCUAGAGCAGGCCAAGGAAAUGGAGGACGCGGACAAGGGGGAUGGCUUGUUCAUGACUGACGUUUCCCACUCUUUCCUCACCGAGUGCAUUCGAGAUCACGUGCAGAUCGACACCCUUCUGGACCUGUCCCGCAGUUCACAGACGGAGGAGAUGGUCCAAGUCUACCGUCGCCUUGUCAACAGCAACCUCCUCUUCGUCCAGGUGGAUCUCUCAGCCCAGAGAAAAAGUAUCGACCCUGAAAUGAGCAGCCGCGGAAAUGAUGUCACCCUCUUUGGCUACAGUGACCAGAUCUUAAGGUUUCUGUGCGAGCGAGGUUCCUGCCGUCUCCUGGAACACGUGGAGAAGAUUGAUGACAUCUUCCGUCUUCCGAAAGCCCGAGAGAAUGUCCGUGUCCUCAAGGAGAUGGAACCAACUUCCCUUUCCAGUGUUCUCCAGGCUCCCAUCCACAGGUGGAGGACUGUCCGGAUCUUCGUCUCCUCCACGUUCCGGGACAUGGCAGGGGAGCGGGACCUGCUGGUGCGCGCCGUCCUCCCCGAGCUGCGGGCGAGGGCUGCUCCCCACCGAAUUCACUUGCAGGAGGUCGACCUGCGCUGGGGCAUCACCGAGGAGGAGAGCCGCAGCAACAGACAACUGGAGCUUUGCUUGUCUGAGGUUUCCCGCUGCCAGCUCUUCGUGCUGAUCCUGGGCGAGCGUUACGGACAGAUCCUGGACAGCUACUCCCUGCCAGACCUGCCCCAGUUCCAGUGGGUUAAGGACUAUCCAAGAGGUCGUUCCAUCACUGAGAUGGAGUUGAUGCAGUUCCUAAGACAGAACCCGGGAGAUCCCAGACAGACCUGCUUUGUCUACACGAGAGACCCGGCUGUCCAGAGGUCAAUUCCAGAGCAGUGGACACCGGAUUUCUCAGCGGAGUCAGAGGAGGCGAAACUCCGGGUAGCUGAGCUGAAGAGGGAGGUGAAGGAGCGAGAUUUGCUGACCCUGGAGAACUACCGCAGCGAGUGGGGUGGGCUCCUCCACGGGAAGCCCUACCUGGCGGGAUUCGAGGAAUUCGGCGGCAGUGUCCUGCGCACACUCUGGGAGGCCAUCCUCGCUCAACACUGCCAGCAGGGCCAGGGCAGCGCCGAAGAUGACCAAGAUGGCCUCCAAGCGAACUUCCUGGAGGCUCAGAGCAGCCAGUUGUCUGGCCGGCGCAAGCAGCUCUCGGCAGCGGCUGCCAAGAUCCUCCAGCAGAGGAAGGGCACCAUCUUCCUUGUCCACGGACGCCCCAGCGAGGGCAAGACCACCUUCCUGGCCGGACUCGUCAACCAGCUCUCCCCCUCCGAGCCGUCAGACGUCCCAGCACAGCGCAGCCUCCUCUACCACUUCACCGCGGCUGGCGAGGGGGCGCAGAGUGGCACCGCCUUCCUCCAGCGUGUCUGCCAGCAGCUGGACCCACACUCGGACCGGGACAUUCCUCAGACCCACAGGUCCCUGGUGCAACUCUUCCACAGCCUGCUGUCCAACCGCACCAGUUCCCGGCGCCGGCUCGUCCUCCUGGUGGACGGUGCAGACCAGCUACUGGGGCCUGGGGGCUCCCCUUCCUCUGACUGGAUACCCGAGCCUGUCCCCCAGGGAGUGACCCUGGUGCUGUCGGUGACCGAAGGGUCCGACCUCCAUCGGACCCUGGACAAGCGCGGGCAGGUGCUGACCUUUGGCCUCGGGCCGCUGGAGCCGCUGGACAGGGCGCAGGUUGUGCGCUCGCGGUUGGCUCAGUACGGCAAGCGUCUGGAGGAGACGCCCUUCAACAACCAGAUGAGGCUGCUGGUGGCGAAGAGGGAGUCACACCAGCCCCUCUACCUCAAGAUAGCCUCAGAGGAGCUCCGCACAUUUGGGGUCUUCGAGAAGGUCUCGGAGAGGAUCCGUGCAAUGCCCACAACCCUGCGCCAGAUGCUGCAGUGGGUGCUGGGGAGACUGGAGCAGGAAUUUGGAGCAGAGACAGUGACCUUCACCUUCUGCACUCUCAGCGUCAGUGAGAGAGGCCUGCGUGAGGGCGACCUCUAUUCCACCCUCUGCACCCACAGGAGCCUGUGCAAGGGAGGAGCCUCCCCGAGAUGGGAGGAGGUGAUGCAGGAGACGCUGGCUCCCAGACGACCCAUUGCCAUGGCAACCUUUGCCCGUCUGCUGCGGGGGUUGGCUGCUGUGAGUGGGGUGUGGGGAUUGGCUGCCAGCUCCGGUUCCCGUCUCCGUCUGUCCGGAUCGUUGCUGCAGGGAGCCGUGGAGCAGCGAUACCUCCGGGAGGGGGACAGGGCCCGGCUCUCUCACCUGCUACUGGCCGCCCACUUGUGGAGACUGACUGAUCCGGCUGGGGACAGGAACUUCACCGACUGCGACCCCGAGGCCCUGGCUGACCUACCGCUUCAUCUGGUGGGAUCAGGACAACACGUCCUCCUCUCCUCCCUCCUAUCCGACCUCGGGUUCUCCUGGCUCCACCUGCGUCUUGGGAUGUUGCCCCAGCUGGGAGCUGCCUUCGCUCGCUGUGGCUCAGCUGGAGAGGGGGCCACAGAGGUGGAGCUGUCUGGUGACUCCCCCAACCUGUCAGAGGUCAGAACUUGCCAGGAUUUUGUGGCUGCCAACUCAGCCCUCCUGUCCCGCUAUCCCCUCCUCUUCUGGCAGCAGGCACUGAAUCAGGAGGAGGGCUCUCUGGUGGAGCGCCAGGCCCGGAAACUGCUCGGGACCAGCCCGGAACGCCGGCUCACCCCACUGGACUUCCGCCUCAUCUGCUGGGUCAACCGGCCGCAGCCAGCCCCGUGCGAGGCUCGCAGGGUGAUGAAGGUGCCAUCCAUACCGGAAUGUGUCGGUGUCUCGGCUACCGGCAAGCAGGCAGUGGUGGGCACCAGGCACAGAUCCCUCCACCUCCUGGACCUGGAGAGUGGCCAGGAGGUGCAGUCGCUGGUCAGCGAGGGUGACGGGGUCUCGUGCACCGCCUUCCUGAGCGAGGGCACGCUUUGCACCACCUCUUUCGAUGGGAAGGUCGAGGUGUGGGACCUCAGCCAAGGCUGCAGGUUGCUGCUGCUCGAGGCCCACUCUGAUCGGAUUUCGGGAUGUGCCGUGUCUCCCGACGGGAUGCGGCUGGCCACCUGUUCCUGGGAUCGGGCACUGAAGGUGUGGGCCAUGCCCACAGGGACACUGGACGUUCAACUGCACUGCCCGUGCCCCCUCAACUGUGUGGCCUUUCGGCCCGACGGUCAUCUGCUGGCAACGGGGGGCUGGGACCACACCAUCCGCCUCUGGAAGUGGCUGACAGCGGAACCAGUGCAGGUUCUCAACGAACACCAGUCCUCCGUCCAGUCCCUGGCCUUCUCCCCAGAUGGAGACUUCCUGGUGUCAGCCUCGCUGCAGGGGGACGUCCUGUACUGGUGCCUGAAGUCGGGGUCUGUCGCUGGCAGCUACCAGGCCCAUCGGGGUUCUGUCACCGCCCUACGGUUUCUGGACGAAGGUCGCCUGCUCCUCUCCACCGGGGAGGACCAGAAGGUUCAGAUCUGGUCCGGCUUGCUGGGACGGAGGAACGGGGAGAUGGGUGCGAAGGGGAACCCCCCUGCCCUCUGCAUGUCCGUCAGUGAGAAUGGCGGAGUUGUCGCAGUGGGCUACCACAGCGGUUGGACCAAGAUCUUUGACCUCGGAACAGGGAAGCAAGUGGCGGAGUGCGAGGGCUCGGGGCUGCCCAUCCGGUGCCUACAGUGGCUGAGCGGUGAAGAGGCCCUGGCCGCAGGAGGAGAUGACUGCCUGCUGCGGGUGUGGGGGCUGGGAGAUGGGACAGCCAGCUGUCGACGGAUAGGCCGGGGCCACUUGGGACCCCUCUUCGCCUUGGGACGGUCCAGCCAGCUUUUGGCAUCUGUCUCCGCGGACUGCACGCUGCUCCUCUGGACUCUAGCACACCUGACAGAGGGGGAGGAGGAGGAGGUGUCCCCCGCCCACGUGCUGAGAUCCCACACGGAUGCCGUGACCUGCUGCUCGUUCAGCCCCCAGGGCCACCGGUUGGUGACUGGCAGUCGGGACAAGAGCCUGUUGUUCUGGGACCUGCAGGGCGAGGACAUCGCCUCCCCUCGCGGCCGGAGGUCGGCGCACAGAGACUGGGUGACUGGCUGCUGUUGGGGCCCUCAAUACGUGGCUUCCUGCUCCAGUGACGGGCUGGUUCGUUUGUGGAAUCCGGAAUCCAUCGAGUGCAUCUGGGAAUUAAGAGGACGUUCCUCACCCCUCACAGGGGUUCACAUCAUGGACGAGCUGCUCCUGUCAGUGACCGGAACAGGUGACCUGCUUGUAUGGAAGAACUGUCGUGUUGCUGUAACCUCCAUCCCCGCCCACACCUGCGGUGUCAAUGCUUUGACGACCUAUCGGAAAGUGGGCUCGAAAGAAGGAACCGAUGGAGCGCAAGGUGACGAGUGUCGUGUCCAGGUCUUAACAGCAGCAGAUGACGGACUUGUUCGGCGCUGGGACCCACUGCUGCCGGAAGAGGUGGCCACCCUCACUGGGCACGGGGCGGUGGUCCGAGGAGCAGCCGCUGAGAAUCACCUCCCUCUCUUCCUCACUGUCGCUGAGGACCAGACCCUCCGGGUGUGGGACGUCCCACGCGGACAAGGUGUCCAGCGCCCCUCGGCUCACUGCUGCGCCAUCACUGCUCUGGGCUGCUCCUCUUCCGGCAGGUUCCUGGCGUCUGGCAGCAUGGCCGGAGAGGUUGCCCUGUGGGAGUCCGGAAAGCUCCAGCUUGUCUUUCAGGCCCACCAGAAGCAGGUCUCAGCCAUCACUUUCCUCUCAGACCAAGAGUUUGCAGUGGGAUCAUACGACGGGCAGGUUUCAGUCUGGCUGGUGACUCUGCAUUCGCAGACUCCCUCUCUACGAGUGAAGUCCCAGUCCUCCAUCGGCCUCCCCUCACCUGUCUGCUGCCUUGCCCGACUGGGCAAACGGAAACUCCUCAUCUUGGACCUGCAAGGCUCCCUCCACACCUGGGAGCCAGGGGCUUGGCUCUUGGGGGCACAAAUGGGAUUGUGCGACCUCCAAGCUACAGGGCUGGUGGAAUGCGCCGACGGAUCCGUGCUGGUUGUGACGGGGGUCAAAAACAGCACAAUCAUCAUCGGCAAGCCACGGGUGGUCCCAGUGAGAGAGGACCUGUCGUCACAAGAGGAGGAGGACGGCGAGCGGAGGAAGAGAGCGAAUAGCAAGGAAGAGGAGGAAGGAAGCGAGGGGAAGGAAUCACAGAAGAGUGCGGAGAGCGAGGGCGAUGAGUUGGACCCUGAGGAGGGGGAGGUGGAGCUGAAGGAUUUGUUUUGCUCUCUCCCUGUCCACGCUCCAGAUGACAAGACUGCGGACACAACAGCGUGGAUCACCGCCAUCAAGCAGACAGGGAUGGAACCCGGAAAAGACUGCUACCUGUUCCACACACUCUCGGCUGGGAGCCUGUGGCGUCAUUCCUGGGACCUGAAAAAGUUCUGCAGAAGUUCGGGUGACGAGCAAGAGUCAUUCGACUUCCGGUUAGAUCCCCAGAACGGCACCUACAAACAGAUUCACUCUGACCGAGUGACUGCUAUUACAGAGACGGAGAAUGUAAUCGCGACAGCCUCCUAUGACCGGACUGUGCGGCUGUGGGACCGGGAUACCCUGAAGCAGGUUGGCCUCUUCCUCUGUCGCUCUCCGGUCCUGUGCCUGGUAUCAAACCCUGCCUGCCCAGGGCAGGUGAUCUGCGGAGACAAUUUGGGGAACGUUUACUUCCUUGGCUGGCGCCCUCCUCUUCAACAGCCGUGAACUGCGCUGGCGGGGGGGGGGGAACCAGUCCAGGAACCCGAGCUGCUACAAUCCGGGAGAAGUCCAAGCAUCAGGCAGGGUUGCAGGCUGAGAUGGAGACCCUCAGAUAGAUGUCACCACCACACGGGCUCUUGUGAAAGGGGGAUUCUCUCCCUGUCAGGGUCAAGUAUCUCCAACAGAGGCCCUUGUUAAAGGGAAGGCUCCUCUCAAUCUAGGAUGCCAAUUAAAGAGGGAGUCUGUCUCCAACAGAGAGGAGUCUCCAUCACAGACCCAUUAAAGGGGGGAUCUCACUUCAUCAGAGACCCCCCUUUGAAGGGAGAUCUCUUUCCAUCGGAGACCCUUAAAAAAGGAGGGAUUGUCUCUGCAUCAGGGACCCCUGUUGAAGAGAAAGUCCCUCUCAAUGCAGGAUCCCCUCAAAAGGGGGGGGGAAUCAUCUGGGAUCUCUGUUAAAAGGUGGGGGUUGCCUCAGUCCAUCAGGGACCUCUGUUGGAACACUGGUGAGAGGGGGUGAUGUGACCAGCCUGGUGCCAUCCUCUCACACCAGAACGUCUCAGCAGCACUACGUUGGCAUGCACUUGGUAAUGAUGGCCAGGCUAACUCGCUCUCUGCCUCACUGUGGACAGUGGAGCUACGCCUGUUUGCUGCUUCUCUCUCCACCCACCCCCCAGGAAUAGCUGGUGCCAGGACCAGAGAUGUUGAUCAGACUGUGAUUAGAGAAACCCCAGCAGGAAUGAGAACAAAAUAAAAAUGCAUUAAACCACGUCUUCCAUCUGCCUGUUCUGUGAACCACUUGAGUUGCAGAAACGUUUGAUAUUGUACGUUUGAUGGAGGGGGUAGAAGAACAGACCACACAGCUCUGCUCUCCCUGUCCAUCUCACCAACCUCAGUCACUCCUCUACCCACCCCCCGUGCCCUGAGUUACUGUGUCCCCACUAACAUUAACCCAGCUCCCUCACACUCUCUGCCAGUAGCCCUCUCAUUAACCUGAGGGAGACAGGCGCUUUCCUGCCCAAAGAGUACAUGAACCCUGGGUCAAACAACCUCCCAGCUGAUGGAUUUUGAUACAUUGGGAGAGAGAGGAAGGACAAUUGGGAUAGAAGCACACCAGGACAUACAGGGCUGAAUGGCCUGUUAUUUCCCCACUGAUUAUCUCUGCUCCAGAUAAUAUUCGUCCCAGUGGAGCAGAAAUAUUCCCGAGCACAUCUCCACCACUGACAGCCUCGCUUUAAAUGAAGUGCACCCUCCCCCCACACACUGGGCUAAUUCAUCCUUCCCAACCUUUAGAUUUAUCUCAACUGCUGUUCUCAUUCAUGUUCUCUCUCUCCCUCUCCUCCCCU